AUGUUCGCCGCCACCCGCGCCUCGUCCACCAUGCUCCGCGCACGGCCCGCAGUCGACCUGCUCGUCCAGGCCCGCCCCGCCCGCAUGUUCCACGCAACACCCAAGCUGCCCUCCAACAUGCCGCGAGACCCUCAUUCCGCCCACACAAUCUCCCAACGCAUCCGCCAAGGCGCCAAAGCCAUCCCCGUCGAGAUCUAUCCACUGGGUAAGCAGCGUCCUCCCGCCGCCGCCUCUGCCCGCCCCUUCCACACCGCCUCCUUGUCCUCGUCCUCGUCCGCGCCGAGCCUCUUUUCGGGCGGCUUCCACCAUCCCUACGCCGUCACGCGCGGCGCCGGCGGCGAGGCCCUGGCCAUCCCCCGCGAGCAGGCCCGAGCUGAGUAUGUCGAAUGUGCCACAGUCGCCGUCAUCGCCUGCGGCUUGACCUUUGGGGUCUAUUCGUUUGUCCGGCCCGGCUUGGAGGACCCGACGUUGAGGUUGCAUCGGAGUAGGCCGGAGGAUAGGCAUUAG